AUGCACGGCGCAGUCGAGUGUCACACUAGUGAUGCGCCAACCUCGAGCAAGACACAUCUGUGCGGUUGUUGCAGCGCUGAACAUUCAGACGUUAAUACAGAGGCAGGUUAUGAUUGCGAGAACUUCACGCUGCGAGAUGAUUGGGAAAUGCUCGCUGCGUCUUUUAGGGCAAAACAGGUGACCUCGAAGAAGAAACGCAAGGAGAUUUUAGAUAAGACGGGGAAACGAUACUUGGUGAUGGAUGAGCUUACCGGAUGGCUCCUGGUGUCCACAUCGGCAAUUGACUUCAUGCACAACUUCUAUGGUGCGUUGCUGCUUGACAUCUUGAUUGGCGGGUACCUUCUGGAUGCGGAUGGAUGGUGGAGACUCCAGGACGUCGUCAACUCAAUACAGUGGCCAUCUGGAAUAGGACGACUGCCCUCCAAUGUACGUUUUUUGUGCACUGUCCUCUGGUCGGUCUGGAGAGGUGAGGACGAUAGGAUCCGGCAAAGUGCACCUGACAUCCCCUCGAACGCAAAGGCACGACCAAAAUUUGAGCGCAAUCUCAUCAAGAUAUAUUGUGUCUUCAUAUACGCCUCCCUCGCAGAAUGGAUCCUUGCAGCCAAGACCAUCUCGAAGCAAGAAGUUGAACAUGGACAUCGCUUUCUACGGUGGUCCUGCCAGGAGAUGGUCGCACUCGGAAUUCAUCUUGUCCCAAACUUCCAUUACUCCAUGCAUUACCCUCAAUUUUUUCGCCUCUUUGGGCCUGUCUAUGCAUGGUGGCUCUUCGCUCAUGAGCGCUUCAAUGGUGAGCUCGAGAAAGUCAAUAUUAAUGGGCAUGCGGAUGGACAGAUGGAAUUGUCACUCACGCGCAACUGGAUCGCCAAGCACCGUUUGCAUGAACUUGUAAGUGGUCACCAUUCCAUGAUUCGAUAUCUGACAAGUACAUGUGUAUAA